AUGACCGAUAUCGAAUAUAACUUGAGCGGUGAAGUUCCGCCUCCUGUACCUCCAAAGGACGACUUUCGUCCAAUGACCCCUCCAAAAGAUCUUCCAAGGAUAAAAUUUCAAACUUCUGAAUCAAUAGGUCCUUCUACAUCUAAAAUUUCAGGACUUGAGGAAACAAUUUCUGAAUCUUUAAAUAUGUCCUCAAACACUUUUCCGGGUGCAAAACGACAAAACAAAGUUUCUUCAACGCAUGCAAAUGUAGAUUCUAUAUUCGUUGAUCAAAAUGUUACUUUAAAUAACCAAUCUUCUGACCAUGAACCUCGUAAGGACCCCCUUCGCUCCAAUUCGAUGUUCACAAAAUUCUCCUGGUGGUUAAGUUGGGGAAGGUCAAAACCUAAAAAACAAAAUAAUGAUACAUCAAUACAAUCCACGGAGGAAUCAGUAUCAACGACCAAUUUCCCUUCAUCAUCAUCCGCUCCGAUAAUUAUCCAAAAUACAUUUAGUUAUAGAAGAAAAACGGAAAGGAAGGAAAAUAGCAGUUCAACGGUUGUUGAGGAAACAACCUCAACCAAUAAUUUUUCGACUGUUCCAUCUUCAAAACCGUCACGUCGUAAAUCUAAUUUUGGUUCACUCAUUGAAAGGCUUACGAAACGAAAAUUUUCAUUUACAUUUGAACAGCGACAAGAACUUACGGCUUCUUCUAACACCUUAUGCCAAGAUGAAUCUACGAUUUCGCAAUCAACGCAGUCAACUGCGGCCGAAACCGUGGAUUCACGUAAUGAUAAUAAUGAUCAUCAUGAAAAUAUGGACUUGAUUAAUAAUAUGGAUAUCGAUGUGGUUUCUCCUUUAAGACAUUCAGUUGCUAAAUCAUCCAAUUCUUCGGAACGUGCGGAUGAUGACACGAUUAAAGGGGUUUCUGGUACCAUUCGUCACAGCAGAAUCUUUGAUAUAUUUACAGCGAAAAAGGAUAAUUCUCGACGAAGUUCGAUCGCAACUCGAACGAGCCUUGUAAAUAUCAAUCAAAUGGCGAAUGGUAUUCCUCCACGUCACACCAGAAUAAAUUCUAAUAAUAUGAAGGAAUCCCAAUUUAAUUCUUCACCUCUAAGUUCGAAUUCAUAUAAGCCAUAUGAUAACGAUAAUAAUAAUUCUAAAAAUUCACAAAAACAAUCCGAAAUGGAAAAUAAGAAUAUAAUAACAUCAAAGGAUGAAAUGACAUCAGGAUUAGAUGAUAAGAUUAAGGUUGACAAAUCACCUUUACGUUUAUUUAAGAAAAAAUUUUAUCAAAGUCUUCGACCCACUCAAUCCAAUUCUGAAACCGAAAAUAACAAAAAACAUAAUGAAACUUCGGACGUAUAUCCAAUCAUUUCUUCCGUACUUGGCACAAACGAUAAUAAGGAAUAUGAGUCAAUCACAAAUGGUACCACCCUUCAAGAGAACCAUAACAAUUUUUAUGCUGAUCAAGUAGAAUCAGAGGAGAGUGACAGUGAUAAUGAGAAAGAUUUAGAUGAUAUGACAUUAGACGAUGGGGUAGAAGGAGAUGUUUCGGCUACUCAAUCACAAGCACCAGAGUCCAGUCUUUACACUGGAUCGGAAUAUGACGCCUCAUCUCACAAGAAACCAAUGUCCCGUAUGUCAUCAUUUUCCAAGUCUUUUAAUUCGGAAGAUCCUUCGGCAUUCAGCACAACAUUUUCCGAUUCACAACCAUCACAAUCUGAUGUAUCUAAAGUGGACUGGCCCAUGGAAUCGGCUUGGGAUGUCCUCCUGAAUAGUACGCCAACGACGACACAUGAAAGAAAAGGUCCGGCCAGAUUAAGUAAUAAUCGGUUAUCAUAUAUUCCCAAUCAUUUCUUUGAAGGACUUCAUAAUUUAAAGGAAUUAUACCUUGAUCGUAAUUCACUUCGAGAUUUACCCGAAGAACUUUUGAAAUUAACCAAAUUAGAGAUAUUGGAUUUAAGUAACAAUUGUAUAUCAGAGUUUCAUCCAAGGUUAAAAUUUAGAAGGAUGAAAAAUUUAAGGAGACUUAAUUUGGACAAUAAUGUAUUAUCGGAUGUGACGAGUAUAACCAAAUUGAAGACCCUAAGGGAAUUAAGAGCGAAUAACAAUUUGUUGGGUAGUAUAACAUCAGACAUUUCAAAAUUGGCUAAAUUAAGACUUUUAUAUUUAGACAGUAAUCAACUUACGAGCCUACCAGAUUCGAUUGGAAGGUUAAAAUCAUUAUGCGUAUUAAGAUUGAACAAUAAUAAUGUAGAAAGUUUACCGGAUGCCAUUUGUUCAUUACAUCAAUUACAAGUUUUAGAAUUGAGAUCGAAUUUGUUAAGUUCAUUACCCGAAAAUAUAAAAGAAUUAGAGAAUUUGGCAAAAUUGGACAUCUCCAAUAACAAACUUACAUCACUACCCAAUGAAUUGGUAAAAUGUCAUAGGUUAACACAUUUGAACGCUCAUAACAAUUCCCUUGAAUCGAUACCAGCAAAAUUUGGACAACUUUCGAGAUUAUUAACAUUAAAUUUACGUGAAAAUCGAAUAAUUAAUUUACCAGCAGACAUUGGAAAGUUAACAUCUUUAACCGAGUUGGAUCUAUCACAUAAUGAAUUGGUUUUUUUACCUGAAGAUUUAGGAAAGUUAACAAAACUUACAGAAAUUAAACUCAAUAAUAAUCCUUCAUUAUUGGCAAUUCCUAAUUCAUUUCAAAAACUCGCUCUUGUAAGAAAAGUUCAUUUGCAACAUUGUAGUUUAAGUCAAAUUCCAUUUGAAAUGGGAGUCGCUUAUAAUCAUCUCACUUAUGUUAAUUUAUCAUAUAAUCACUUUGACACCAUGCCCAACCUUCAAGGAAUGGAUCAUGUGAUAAGCUUUAAUAUCUCAAAUAAUCGUAUCACCGAUUUAACUGAACAGAUUGACCAAUUGGAUAUGUUGCGUGAAUUAUACGUCGUUAAUAAUAAAUUAACUCAUCUUCCAAAAACUAUUGGACGUCUCAAAAAACUUGAGAUCAUGGAUUUUUCAGAGAAUAUCUUGGUGGAUUUGCCAUUAUCAAUUGGUGAUUGUGAAUGUUUACGCGAAUUAAAGCUGAGGGGGAAUUCCAUAGAACAUUUACCGAUCACGUUAGGAAAAUUAACUGGUUUAAAUGUAUUUUAUGUUGGACAAUGGCCGUCAAACGGAUUUAGCGUAACACAAGAUGAUAACGAUAGGAAUCAAAAUCUAAAGAUUAGUUCUUAUCGACAUAAGAUUCCACAACACGUUGAAAGGAAUCUUUUAUGGAGGAUGCAUGAUUCCAUACUUAAAAGAAUACGGGAUAUCGAUAACGAUGGAUCUUCGGAAUUUUUACAAAGUCCUUCGAAUGAAUCGAAUAAUUCUCAACUAGAUGUCACCAUUCACACACCAUCUCCUACUCCAAGUCCUCCAAGGGAUGAUGUCAUAUUGAAAAUGGCCGUGCUAAAAGGUGUUUAUGAUCAAAUCAUGAGAGAUAUGCGCAAUAACGAUUAUGAUAAGGAAUCAAGUGGUGAUGACACAACUGAAUUUACCGGUGAGAUCGAGAAGAAGAAAAAAUUCGCUAAAUUCAAAUUUCUCAAAAUAGGUGAUAAACAAUAA